AUGGGCCAGCUGCACCAGACCACUAACCCCAAGUUUGGGCCCACGGCAUUCGAACACUUGCCGAGCAACUCGAGCGGACAAAUUACGGUACAGGACCCUGCAACAUGGAGCCACCAGUCCAUCACGGUUCAGCUUCUAGUAUUGUUCUUGACUCUGGUCUUCGUGACAAUUAUCCGGCGGCGCUACUUCUCCCCACUUAGUCAUAUCCCCGGGCCUUUUCUGGCUUCCUUCUCCCGUCUCUGGCACUUGCGCUACAUCAUAAGAGGCGACCAACAGGUGGUCCUUGCGAAAGCACAUGAGAAGUAUGGCCCAUUCGUGCGAAUCGCACACGACGAAGUUAGCGUAUGCCAUGAGAACGCCGUGAAGUCGCUAUUUAUUGCGCCAUUACAUAAGAGUAAAUGGUACAAGAUCUUUGUGCUGCCCGACUACAGGACGACCGCGCCGCUCGGAAUGAGAGACCCGAAAGACAAGCUCAGACUGAACACGAAUUUCAGGCAAGGGUACGAAGCCAAGCAUGUCAUCCGCUCGGAGCCCUACAUGGAUGAGGUGCUCGUUAAGCUCUUCUCUUGGCUGGACAGAUCAUCGGAAGAAAAGACUCCCCUGAAGCUGGGCGACUUUUUCUCGUACGCAGCUUACGAUAUCACCGGCGAGGUCACCUUUUCCAAGUCUUUCGGGUUUACGGACAAAGGUGAAGAUAUUGGAGGAGCGAUCGCGAUGAAUGAAGCCAUGGAGUUGUUUUUCGUCUUGUUCGGCUAUAUUCGCUACAUCAGUUACAUCUUCUGCAACCCCCUGACGACUUGGCUGGAAGUCUUGCCCCUUGGGUACAUGGGAGAAAAGGCCAAGAGCGCUCUGGCAGAACGGAAGAAGAACCCAGAUGCGCGGUUCGACAUUGCUGCUCAUUGGUUCCGCUCUCUAGAAAAGAACGGCGAGUCCAAGAUUUGGAACGACGACAUGGUGGUUGCUGCUGCCAUCUCAAAUCUUGGUGCCGGCUCAGAUACUGUUUCUUGUGCCAUGCAGAGCUUCGUAUACCAUCUCAUUCGCCACUCCAAUGCGUGGCGGCGCAUCAGAGACGAGAUUGACACUGCACAGAAGGAUGGUCGCUGCCAGGACGAGAUCAUUACUUAUGAUGAUGCUGCGAGACUCCCAUUCCUGCAAGCAAAUAUCAAGGAGGCUCUGCGAAUCUUCGCUCCCGUACCAAUGGGCUUGCCACGUGUCGUCCCUAAAGGCAAUGUCAAGUUUGGCGAUAUUUCCUUUUCCGAAGGGACCGUGCUCUCAUGUAAUCCAUACGUGCUUCAGACAUCCAAGGAUCUCUGGGGGCCGGAUGCUGCUGAGUUCAACCCGGAUCGUUGGUUCGGCCCGAAUGCGGCGAAUUUGGAGAGGUUCUUCUGUCCAUGGGGGGCUGGCUGGGCCUCGUGUCCAGGACAACAUCUCGCACGAAUUCAAAUGUCCAAGAUGGCAGCAACCUUGGUGAGGGACUAUGAUUUUCGGCAGGUGAAGCCAAAGGAGGAGUGGGAGUACAAAGCAACACCAACGCCUCAGAUCCACCAAGCCCAGCACAAACUCGCCCCAAAAGAAUCCCCAAGCUCGCACGACGGUGCCGGAGCGGUCGAGCCGCCAUGGGGAGAUCCCGCCGGUUCGAGGUCGAGCUAG